GCAACUCUCAGGAAUAAAAUCGUCGUCGCUCCGCUCGUUAAAUUCUCGUUGCUUUCCCACCCACAUAAAAAAUCAGGAUAAAAUUGUUAGUAGCUUAAAAAGCAGCGCGGAUUGCAUAAAUUCAAGCGGAGUACUGAUUGGAAAAACACAUUCGGAAAAAACUACAAUGUGAUGUAAAAUAUGUUUUUGUGUUGAGUGCAUAACUAUAAUUUGUUGUAAUUAAAGUUCAACUGCAUUUGCAAAGAGACGAAAUAGAUAAUAAUUCAUAGGUGUUUGUGAGUGUUUUCCCCUCUCCUGUGCGACGUGUGAGAAAGAGAGAGAGGGAGAGAGAAAGGGAACGUGACCGAGUUGCCAUGAAAACUCCAAUGGAAAUUCAGCAUAACUGCUGACACACAAAACUCCAAAAAGAACCAAAGGCGAAAGCUGACUUUUUGUUUAGACACCUAAGUUUGAUCCAAUAUUCAUCAAAAAACGAGUGGCGAAAAAAAAAGCAAGUCAGAGAGAGCGCGCGACGUUCGGCCCCAAGGUCGUGGGCCCAAACCCCCAGGAUCCAUUUCCAACAACCCCAUCCAACCACCCAAGAAACCAAAAUGGAUGACGAUCAGCAGUUUUGUUUGCGGUGGAACAACCACCAGAGCACACUGAUCAGCGUGUUCGACACGUUGCUGGAGAACGAGACUCUAGUCGAUUGCACGCUAGCCGCCGAGGGCAAAUUUCUCAAGGCCCACAAGGUGGUGCUGUCAGCAUGCAGUCCCUACUUUGCUACCUUACUACAAGAACAGUACGACAAACAUCCCAUCUUUAUACUCAAGGAUGUCAAGUACCAAGAGCUGCGCGCCAUGAUGGACUACAUGUACCGCGGCGAGGUCAAUAUCUCGCAGGAUCAGCUCGCCGCCCUGCUCAAGGCCGCCGAGUCGCUGCAGAUCAAGGGCCUGUCGGACAAUCGCACUGGCGGCGGAGCAGCCCCCAAGCCUGAGUCCUCCGGCCAUCAUCGCGGCGGUAAGCUUAGCGGUGCCUACACACUGGAGCAGACGAAGCGGGCUCGACUGGCCACCGGCGGAGCGAUGGACACGUCUGGCGAUGUGUCCGGUUCACGCGAGGGCUCAUCGAGUCCGUCGCGUCGUCGUCGAAAAGUCCGACGUCGCAGCAUGGAGAAUGAUGCCCACGACAACUCCAACUCGUCCGUGUUACAAGCCGCCGCCUCGAAUCAGUCAAUCCUCCAGCAGACAGGCGCCGGUUUGGCCGUCUCCGCUUUGGUCACCACCCAGCUGUCCAGCGGACCUGCAGCCGGAACCAGCAGCCAAGCGUCGUCGACCCAGCAACAGCAGCCAUUGACCAGCACCAACGUUACCAAAAAGACUGAAAGCGCUAAACUAACAUCCUCGACAGCCGCCCCAGCGAGCGGAGCAUCUGCGUCAGCGGCCGCCGUACAACAGGCCCAUCUGCAUCAGCAGCAGGCGCAGACCACAAGCGAUGCCAUUAACACCGAGAAUGUACAAGCCCAGAGCCAAGGAGGCGCCCAAGGCGUCCAAGGCGAUGACGAGGACAUUGACGAGGGUAGUGCCGUUGGCGGAUCAAACGCCGCCAGCGGACCCAAUCCCGCCUCCGCCUCUGCAUCCGCCGUCCAUGCCGGAGUUGUGGUAAAGCAGCUGGCCAGCGUUGUGGACAAAUCGUCGUCGAAUCACAAACAUAAGAUCAAAGACAACAGCGUGUCAUCAGUGGGCUCCGAAAUGGUUAUUGAACCCAAAGCCGAAUACGAUGACGAUGCGCACGAUGAGAACGUUGAGGAUUUGACACUGGACGAGGAGGACAUGACAAUGGAAGAGCUGGACCAGACAGCCGGCACCAGCCAGGGUGGCGAAGGAUCUAGUCAAACAUAUGCAACAUGGCAGCACGACAGAUCUCAGGAUGAACUUGGACUAAUGGCACAGGAUGCGCAGCAACGGGAUCCCCAAGAUGUCUCUACAAACAAAACUGUUGUACUACCCCACUACUCCAUCUACCACUACUACUCCAAUAUCUACUACCUACUAUCACAUACUACUAUCUAUGAAGCCGACCGAACCGUAUCUUGUCCUGGAAAACUCGACUGUCUGCUGCAGCGCAACGAUCUGCAAGAAACAAACUCCAAGCAGCUAUGUAUCCAACUCGAGCCAAACUCCACCGCCAGUUGGUGGCUCAUCGGCCAGUUCGGCGCAAGCCCUGAUCCGCGACUACUGGUACGAGCUCAAGUUCUCCGAUCUGUUCAAGUUCAUAAAUCCCGACGGACGUUACCAGUGCCCGAGAUUCAAUUGCCUGAAGAGCUACAAGGACGCCAGCUCGCUGCAACGACAUAUCAGAUAUGAAUGUGGUGGACAGAAAAAAUUUCGCUGUCUGAUGUGCGGCAAAGCAUUUUCACAAAGCUCCCACCUAAAGCGACACCUUGAGAGCGGUGUCUGUGUCAAAUAUUACUUAUGAGAUAAUGUUUUCUUUAAAAUCAAAUAGAAUAAGCGUUAUCCCAAUAGGCAGAAGAUCAACUGAUCUGAUGAUCGACUUGAAAUGAUGAACAUGAACAUGAUUAUAUACACGUAUAUUAGACACACACACACACAAACACACGCAAUACUGCAACACAACAACAAACAAUGAGAACAAACAAAAGGAUAUAUAGAACAAUUAGAUAAAACCAAGAACAAUUACAAAUAACAAACAACAAAACGAAUUUAUUGGAUGCCACAUCAUUUAUAAAGAAAAUGGAUAAACAAAAAAAAAACCAACCAAUCUAUAUAUAUAGUAUAUAUGAUGAGAAUUAUUGUUGAAACUGAGCAUUAAUGAAACAAACGGAAUACUUAGUUAAAGAGCAAGUGAAAAACGAAAUAUUUAACAAGCUAGAACAACAAUAUAUACACAUAUAUUAAAUGCAGUCAGUGAACAUUUUAUAGGAUUUUAGUAAAAUGUAAAACCAGAUAAAAAACCUAAGAAAAGAAACAAAAAAAAAAGAAACUAAACUAAGUAAUAGAACAGAGAGGCAAACAAACAAAAGUUAAAGAACAAAACAUAAAAAAUUAAAGAAAACAUAAAACAAAACAUACACGCAAGGAAGCUAAGAGCAAAACAAUUUUAGUCAAACUAACCAAAACUACGUAAUUUUAGUUAAAAUAUAUAAAUAAUAUAGAAACUAAACCAAGCAAAACUUAGUGAAAUUAACAAAUGAGAGAAAUGCAUAUACAUAUAACAACCGACAAAUGGAAAGAGGAUAGAACAAAACAGAACAGAAACAGAACAAAAAUAACAGAAAUGCAUAUAACAAAACGUACUGUGUUUAUUUGUUGCCAAAUAUAUAUCUAUUAUAUAUAUUUCUAAUAUAUAAUAUAAUUAAUACGAUUCUUGUUAUGCCACACAACCACGAAAUUAACUAAACCUGAAAUGCGAGUGGAUGACAUCAAAAACAAUAAGAGCAGAGCAAGAAGAUCAUCAAAAGAUAACUAAAUGUUAUUAUGUUAUUGUUUAAGUUGUUAUUAUGCCAGGUACACAGACACACCAACACACACGCUGCUUACGUACAGUGAUACUUCUGGAGUGAAGAAACCAGUGUCCAGAUAGAGGCCCCACUGUAUGUAUCCAGCAAGUAAUACACUUUAAGUCUCAUAGAGUCAACUUUGGUUAGGCAUCACGAGUGUUUAGCAGAGGCAGAUGGUCGAAAGGGAUUGCAGGAAGAUUUGUUACAUGGUUCCAAGAACAACAAAAUAGUAAAGAGAGUUUAUAUACAUAUAUACAAAACAUAUACAUAUGAGGAAACAACCACAUCUACAUAAAAAUAUACACAUAUAGAACUAUAUAUAAUGCUAUAUUAGCAAAAAUGUUGUCUGUUGAACAAAGAGGAUAUUAAGGAAACGGAAAUUGUUAGUCAGUGACGAGGAUUAGAUGUUGGUAACGUGUACUCACAUCGCCAAAAGUAAUUGUAUUUGUAUGAUAUAGGUGCGUGUAUGUGUGUGUGGGUGUGUGCGUAGCCUUGUGCGAGUGUGUGUGCCAAUCGGUCAAAGGAUUUUUUACCAGAGAAAAGAAAAAAAAAAUAUGAAGAAAUAGAACAUUUUGUGCCAUUAGAAAUUCUCCACCAAAACUGAAAGUAAAAUUCAAUGCUGCUUUAGAGACGACGACGAUGAAGAAGCCAUAGAAGAGAUCGAACAAUAUACUCAUACAUGAUAAAUGUAUAUGUGAACCAAUAUGAUUUGUUGUUGCAUUCGAAGAUGAAAAUCGAUUCUGUUGACAAGUGUAAUUUAUAGUACAUUUUUGUUGUGAGUUCAAAGAUUGAGUCUAGUGAAAUUUUUGACGGCAGAAGUGACAACUAAAUGCUACGAGAGUGCCAUUAUCAAACAAAUUUUUAAUAUAUAUAUAUAAAUGAUAAAUGAUAAAUGAUAAAUUAUUGAAAUUAUACGGAAUACAUAUAUAUAACCUAAGCAGGAGGCAACUAAACAUAAUUUCUAGUUAGGAACGCAGUAAGGAAGCAGGAGGAGCGCAAGAAAUAUAUUGUUUGUUGCUUGUUGAUUGUUAAUUUUUGGGUUGCAGAAAAUAAACCUAAGCAUAUAUGCAAGACACAUGUAUAUGACAGUACAAUAAACAAAUAAAAUAAAAAUACAGAAUAUAGAGAACAAACAGAACAGCAAUAGAAACCUACCUAUAUGAACUCGAAUGAACUAGACAAAUUAUACACAGUAUAAAGGAAGCUAAAAACGAAUGAAAAUCAAUUAUAGUGAAGUACUAACUGCAGAUUAAGACCGAUUUGACACUAAUCCAAACUCGCAACCGACCGAUCUGCCUAAAAAAAAUGAUUAAUUCUUAGUAAUAUUGGAAGAGAAAUCCUUCGUUUUGGCAACUAUCCUUGCAGCCUUCGGUUGGUCCGAUUUGUGAGUUUAGUGUCAAUUAUCGGUAUUAGCACAUGUUCACCUCCUCCCCCGUAAUUAACUAAUACCAAAGGCAAAAUUUUGAUUGAUUUACUUCAAUUUGGUUAGAUAAUUUUGCCACAAGUGCAAUACUUCAAAAGUUUGUUGACAAUUUGUCUUGUGCGGCUAUUUGCCAAAGUCAAUUUUUGAAAUGAAUAGUCUAAAGAACCAUUUUGUAACCGAAAACCACAAAUCCAACCUCCAAGCGAACAAGACAAAUUGUUGGACUCUUUGAAGGAAUAGAAGAAAUAUUGCUUUCAAAUUAGUAAAAAUUUAAUUGAGAAUUAUUCGCUUUACUUGUAUGAAUAAUGUUUUUUGUUAAACUAAUUUACUAAGACCUUGUUGCGAGUAGCUAAAUUAUUAUUAUUAUUUUUGCUGUUAAAGUUUAGAUAAAGGGAAUGAAACAUGGAAUGUUUCGCAAUAACUUUUUUGUUAAAUCGUUUUUCUUUAAAUUAGUUAUAACA